CCGGUUUUUUAAAACUGAUUUGCCCAUGUGCGUGGAUCCACAAACUGAUGGUGUUUGAUCAAAAUUGUGAGGACCAAUUUCACAAUCUCUACGUCUAAGCAUGCCCUUUUCUCGUUUGACCUGAUCUCUAUGGUUUUUUCCUUUUAAGUGAACCGCCGCCCUAAAGAAUCGCCAGUCUCUCCCCUCUUCAGCCUCCAAUUGUUGAAUCAUUCAGUUACAAUGAGCGAGGGUCUAAAGAAAUCUCCUUCAAAUGGCUUUGAGAAUUCUUUGACACCUGAAGAGCAGCAGGAAAAGAUUAAUGAGGUGAGAAGGUUGGUGGGGCCAUUGCCGGAGAAGUUAUCCAUUUAUUGUUCUGAUGCAUCAAUCUCAAGACAUCUAAGGGCACGAAACUGGAGUGUGAAAAAGGCAACAAAAAUACUGAAAGAAACCUUAAAAUGGAGAGCACAAUAUAAACCAGAAGAGAUUCGCUGGGAAGAGGUUGCUCGUGAAGCAGAGACAGGGAAAAUCUACAGAACAAAUUAUGUUGACAGGCAUGGGAGAACAGUUCUUGUUAUGAGACCCAGUUGCCAGAAUUCAAAAUCGACAAAAGGACAGAUUAGGUACUUGGUGUAUUGCAUGGAGAAUGCCAUUUUAAAUUUAUCACCAGAUCAGGAGCAGAUGGUGUGGCUGAUCGAUUUCCAUGGCUUCAAUCUGUCACAUAUUUCACUGAAGGUGACAAAGGAAACAGCACAUGUUUUACAAGACCAUUAUCCAGAACGGCUGGGUCUGGCAAUACUAUACAAUCCACCAAAGUUCUUUGAACCAUUUUGGAUGGCAGCAAAAGUGUUUCUAGAGCCAAAGACUUACAACAAAGUCAAGUUUGUUUACUCUAAUGAAGUUAACACCAUGAAAAUAAUGGAAGAUCUAUUUGAUAUGAACCAUCUCGAGUCUGCAUUUGGGGGCAAAGAUAAUUCUGGUUUUGAUAUCAGUAAAUAUGCUGAGAGGAUGAAGGAGGAUGACAAGAGGAUUCCUUCACUUUGGACAGGAGGGAGUCAUCCCUCAGUAGCGCCACAACCAGCCCUGACUUCUACUGCUUCCUUCAAUGCCAGCAAGGACUCACAUUCUGAUGCUUCAGAAAAUGAUGAAACAGACAGUUCUCAGCUUCAUGGGAAAAAUACUGAAAUUGCUUCCCCUGAGCACAAUACACCAGCAAUUGACAGUGGCAUAAAAGGGUUAGAAAAUGUACAUCUAGAAGAAGUCACAACCCAGGAAGACCAAGCACAUGGCUGACUCUGGUUAAGGUAUGUUGACAUAAUAGUGUUUAUGUUAGCCUAGCUGGGUAAUCAUUUCGGUGAGAGAAACAUCAACGUUUCUGUCAAGUAGAUUAGUAACAUUAUGGAAAUUCAACAAAUGAUUUUCCUUGUUGAGUUUAUGAAAUGGCGUUCAGAAUAAAUGAUUUAUUGCCUGCUUUUAGUUGAGAUAUAUUCAUGUAUCUUGACAAGAGAGUAUGUGCAUCUUCAA